AUGAAACCUGCCACUGCCACCACAAAGAUCACCGAAGCCGCACGCUCGGUGCAGCUGCUCCAGAUCGACGGCUACUCUGCGACCGCAACCAUGAGCCAACAAGACUGCAUCGGAUCCACAUGGAACGUGGACGGGUACGAGUGGGAGCUCCGCGUCUACCCUGAAUACUACUACAGCAGGUCGAGUUGGGUAGCUCUGAAGCUCAUCAUCCACAGCAAACCUCGCACCGGCGACGUCAGGAGAACGGCCGGAGGUAGUCUUCCCCCCGGCUGCUCCUACCAACGAGGAGGAGGUGCCCCGCCGACGCCAUCCUCUGACCUGCACAAGCACCUGGGCGAGCUCUUGGAGAGCCAGAAGGGGGCCGACGUCACGUUCCUGCUCGCGUCCGGUGGCGAGCGGUUCCCGGCGCACAAGAGCGUCCUCGCCGCGAGGUCUCGGGUCUUCAUGGCCGAGUUCUUCGGCGGCAUGGAGGAGCGGACCUCGCGGGUCGUGGAGGUCCAUGACGUGAAGCCCGCGGCGUUCGAGGCCAUGCUUCGCUUCGUCUACACCGACGUGGCGCCGCCAGAGCUCGAUGACGACGACAAGCCGGCGGGGGUGACGAUGGCCCAGCACCUUCUUGCGGCCGCGGACAGGUACGGGCUCGACAGGCUCAAGGCGAUCUGCGAGGCAAAGCUCGCUGGCUGCGUCGACGUCGGCACCGCGGCCACGACGCUGGCGCUGGCCGAGCAGCACGGCUGCGCGCUGCUCAAGGCCAAGUGCGUCGACUUCGUCACUGGGUCCCCUGAAACGCUCGACGCCGUGUUGGCGACGGAGGGGUACGCGCAUCUGGCGGCCAGCUGCCCGCUGGUGUUGACUGAACUCCUCAAGUCUGCGCGUGGAAGGAAGAAUUGA